AUGAGAUCACUGCCACCUAAGCAAGUAGCAAUCAAGGAUAAGCCAGGCGAUGAAUGCACCAACUACAGCACACUCAACGAGCGUGAUAGAGCCGCAGACUAUUUCAGUUACAACACUUUGAAGUGUGACGCCUACCUACCCAGUGGCUGGUACAGGCUGGCUGGUCGUGCAGGGACUGUUAUGCCGACACACUGCGUGCCCAAAAUGCAUUGUGGUACUCUGUCACCUGGCUGGUUGAAUGGCAAACAUCCAACUAAAUGGGAGGGUGUGGUGGAGCGUAUGGUUUGUUUUACAAAGGAUAACGAUUGUUGUCACUGGUAUAGUUUGGUGUUAAUGAAGAACUGCAGUGGUUUUAUUGUGUACAAAUUUGGACACUUUCCUACAGCUGUAGACUCCUGCAGCCUGCGAUACUGUGGAGCUGGUGAAACUGGUUGCAGAGACAAAGAGGGAAACAGCUAUGACGUAUGGCAGAGUUGGAACCCAAAUCCUUUGUUCAAAUGUACAUGUGCACCCAAUCUUAAAGUCGAAUGCAAAAAAACUGAAUAUGGCUGCUGGGAUUCCCAUGGAAACGCUUUUGUAGAUGGAUACGAGUGGCUUAGCAACAACAUGACUAAGUGUACCUGUAGCUAUGGAAAGAUAACCUGUACCAAGCUCUCACGGCCAGCCUGCACCGAUGAGAAAGGCAUAGUGCGGGAACAUGGUACCCACUGGUUUUCCGGAUUCUGUUUCAAUUGCUCAUGCGGGGAUGGUUUGAUCAGCUGUGCGAAGUAUCGCGUGACUAUCAAGUAUGGGUUAUUCCAAGUUGAGACAAUUGGUAGAUGUAAACCAUGUCAUCAACCAAAUAACGAUAUUUUACCAAAAGGGGAUGAGACAGUCGCUGCUUGCCAGGUCUUCUUUCAACUCAUGGCUUCAAAUGAGGUAUUUGGUUGUUCCAGUGGCGACUUCGUAAGGAUAGAACACGUGUGCAAUGGAGUCGCCGAGUGUCCGGACGCUUCUGAUGAGGCGCAGUGCCAGAAUGUUAUUUGUCGCGAUGAGGAAGGGCAGAUUCUAAUUCUAAAAGAUGUUUGGAAUGUGUCCGACUGUCUCAGCUGCGAGUGUACAAAGGGUCGUCUGGAAUGCCAGAGGACACUUCAAGUCAUCUUCCCGGGCAAACACCUGGCAUACGUACCUUUUACUGAGUCCUGUGAACAACCAGGGUGUAACACUAUGGAAUUCAUUAAAGCCAGAAGAGAAUCUUGUGAAGGUACACGUAAGGUUAAAGAGUUAAACUUAAUUUAA